UUUUUUAAUUCGUGCUUACGAUUAUAUUAUACAUUCCAGUCUGUUUCUUUUCCCAAGAUUUGUUUUGACGUGUCGGUUGGCGCUCUGGCACGAUUCCUCGCUGAAAUAUGUGUACGUAUGUUCAAUAGAUAUCCUGGAAGAUCGAAAUCUUGGAUUAAUUUCUACCACACCAUCAAAUAUUGGAUUAUAACAAUUUGAAUAUCUGAACAAGUCAGCGGUGUGUUUAUUAAUAAUACGAUCGACGUGGUCGUCGUUGAAGGAGAAAAAUACACAAAGAUAUCAGGCAUUUUGAAAAGAAUUUAAGAUUUAAUAAUUAUUGGAACCUUUAGUUGAAUACCGAGCGUUCAAGAUUUUUUUAUUCGCGAUACCAGAUGACUGCUUAUAUGUUAUAAUAGUUGAUUGUACAUGGGAAUCCUAUAUUUGAACAGAGCUAAACCAUAAACAAUAAGCGAUAACUUUCAGUAGUGUGUUAACGGGUACUCGUAGCUCCCUAAAUACACAGAUCGUAUACUAGCGCUUCGGUAAUUGACAAUACACAAUUAAAUUUUUAAACAAUCAAGAAAUUAUUUAUUAUAUAUAUAUUUUUACAAAAAAUCAAGACAUUGUUCAUUUUAUUUAUAGUGUGGUAUAUAUAUGAAGGGUCCUAAAUUACAGGACAACCCAGUAGAAAUGAGGUCGCUUAGAAAACGUAUAUGGCGUUUCUUUUACAUUAGUUUAAUUAUCGGAUUUAUUUAUUGGAGGAUAAAUCAACAUGGUGAUACUUCCGGUAGUCCGGGUGAACUGGUGAAGUUUGAUAACGAGGUAAAAUUAGUUGAAAAUAAAGACAAUGAGGAAUCAAAUAUUGAAAGUAAAAAUAAGGACAAAGACGAUACGUUAGAAAAGGACACAAUAUUAGUGGUUACUAAGGAAAAGACAGUUAUUGAAGCUACAAAGCAAAUUGUGCGCGCAACAACAACAAGAAAACCACAACCAGGUGAUAACGGUUCACCGGUGAAUGUGAACGUUUCCUUGUUGUCAGCUGAAGAAAAGAAUAGAUAUGAUCAGGGCUUUAAAGGAAAUGCAUUCAAUGAAUUCGCCAGUGAUUUGAUUUCCUUACAUAGAAAAGUUCCAGAUUCACGACCUCAAAUGUGUAAAAAUGUAACAUAUGAUGCAAACCUACCACAGACGAGUGUAAUUAUAACAUUUUAUAACGAGGCGUGGUCCACGUUAAUACGAUCUAUCCACAGUGUACUAGAAAGAUCCCCACCACAUCUUAUUAAAGAGAUUAUACUGGUUGAUGAUGGCUCAGAAAAGGCCAUCCUAGGUAAACCACUGGAAGAUUACAUACGUAAUUUCCCUAAAGUGAAGUUAUUUAGAAAUAAAAAGAGGGACGGGUUGGUGUCAGCCAGGAUAAAGGGGUAUGAAGAAGCUACAGCCCCUAUUUUAACAUUUCUCGACUCUCAUAUAGAAUGUAAUCACGGAUGGUUAGAACCUCUUCUAGAUCCAAUAGCAAAAGAUGAAACAGUUUCAACGUUUCCCACUCUUGAUGUGAUCGACGAUGAAACUCUAAAGUAUGAACCAUUGUGGGACUCACCAUCUUACGGAGUAUUCCGAUGGAGAAAUUUAUUGUUCAACUGGGACAAUAUGCCACCGGUGGUUACACAAGCAAGAAAAUCGGCAGCCGAUAAUAUAAGAUCACCAACUAUGCCUGGUGGAUUGUUCAGUAUCAACAAGGCAUACUUCCAGAAACUAGGAACCUAUGAUCCGGAAAUGAAAGGCUGGGGAGGAGAAAAUUUAGAACUUUCUUUCAAGAUUUGGAUGUGUAACGGAAGUAUACUGAUGGUACCCUGUUCCCAUGUCGGACAUAUCUUCCGUCACGUGAUGCCUUAUACAAUUCCAGGGGAAAAUACCGUCUGGAAGAACUCAGCUAGGGUAGCAGAAGUCUGGAUGGACGAGUAUAAACAAUAUUUAUAUGACUAUUAUAAACCUGACCUUUCUCAAAUAGAUGUUACAAGUCGUAAGGAACUGAGAAAAAGUCUCCAUUGUAAGAGUUUUGAUUGGUAUUAUAAAAACCUACUGUCACCAACCAUGUGGAUUCCAAAUGACGUUAUAUCCGGUGGUCACGUGAAGAGUUUAGGUAAACCAGGGUUUUGUUUAGAUGCCAUGUCAGGGGAUGGAGUUUAUGGAAUAUAUCAUUGUUAUGAUAAUAAUGCUAAUCAGAAUUUUUACUUCACGAAAGAGGGUUUAUUAUUAACAGAAGUUUCAGCUCAAGACUUUCAUAAAUGUGUAUCUUUUUAUACGAAACCUUCCACACUGAGAAAGUGUGACGUCAAAUGUAGAUAUCAAAUAUUUAAAUAUCAGAACAGUCAAUUUUUUAAUCCAGCAACAAAUAAAUGUUUAGCUAUACCCAUGUCUAGUGAUCUAAAGGGACCAGAAGAAGCAGAUUGUGAUGAUAAAAGUCGAACAUUAUGGGAGAUACACCCUAGAAUAAAACAUGAUGAUGAUGAUGAUGAUGAUGAUGAAUAAAACCAAUACUGAUUUUAAUCCUU